AUGCCGUUUGGAUUGUGCAAUGCUCCAGCAACGUUUGAAAGGUUGAUGGAGCUUGUACUUACCGGCCUAAUUGGAGAUGCCUGUCUGGUCUACUUGGAUGACAUCAUCAUCGUAGGCCGUACGUUUGAGGAACACCUUCAAAACCUUUGUGUCAACCUCAAGUUGAGUCCGAAGAAGUGCUCACUAUUCAAACGGCAAGUCAACUUUUUGGGGUAUGUAGUGUCGGAAGAAGGUAUCCGCACGGAUCCAGAGAAAAUUGCUGCUGUCAAGGAUUGGCCGGUUCCAAAAGACAAAACACAGGUUAGAGCAUUUUUGGGUUUGUGCUCUUAUUAUCGGCGAUUUGUGAAGAACUUUGCAGAUAUAGCCAAACCUCUGCACAGGCUAACAGAGGAGAAGCGACAUUUCUGCUGGGAUGAAAGUUGCGACAUUGCAUUCCAGGAGCUCAAGAACCGUCUGUACAAAACACCUAUCUUGGGGUACCCUGAUGCGGCAAGGAAUUUAUAG